AACAGUGGAAUUUAUUCAGUUUCCUUUGGACUUGGUAAUCAGUGAGAUCGCUAACAGUGAGAAGUGACUAUGGCAUCAAAAAUUGAUAUUGAGUUGACAACCGGACAGAAAAUGCCGGCUCUGGGCUUCGGCACUUGGCAAGCUUCGGAGGAGGAGAUUACGAAGGCGAUGGAGGAGGCCUUGGAGGCCGGAUAUCGGCACAUCGAUUGUGCCCCGGUCUACUUGAACGAGGCAGCUAUUGGAAAGGUCCUGAAGAAGUGGAUGGACGCGGGGAAAGUCACACGAGAGGAAUUAUUCAUCGUCACAAAACUGCCACCAACAGGCCAUCGCUCCGGGGGCGCCGAAAAGUACUUGAAGAAAUCGUUGAAGGACCUUCAGCUGGAUUACGUUGACAUUUACCUGGUUCACACACCGUUUGCGUUCGAGGAAGCCGGCGAUGACUUGCACCCGAUGGACGAGGAGGGAAAUUUCCGUAUGGACAAAGGCAGCGAUCACCUCAAAGUGUGGGCGAAUAUGGAGGCACAAGUGGCCGCCGGUCGGGCUAAAGCUAUCGGCCUCUCUAAUUUCAAUAUUAAGCAGAUAAAGAGAAUUCUGGAUAACACGAAAAUUCCAGUGGCUAAUCUGCAGAUUGAACUGCAUGCAUAUUUCCAACAGAACGAAUUGGUGAAUUUCUGCAAGUCCAAGGGAAUAGCAGUGACUGCAUACUCUCCCCUAGGGUCAAGGGGUUUCGUGGAGCUCAUGGGAAAGACCGAGGUCAUUCCUGCUAUCAUGGACAACAGCACGAUCCUAAACAUAUCAAAGAAGCAUAAGAAAACUCCUGCGCAGGUGGCCCUGAGGUUCACAAUUCAGAGGGGAAUCGCUGCCAUUCCCAAGAGCACGAAUGGCGACAGAAUAAGAAAGAACAUUGAUAUCUUUGAUUUUGAACUCGAUGAAUGUGAUAUGGAGGCAUUGACAGCCCUGGACCAGAGCCCCAAUGGAAGAGUCUGCGAUUUUUCCUUUAUGAAAGGAGCCAACACUCAUCCAGAGUUCCCAUUCUAAUUAUCGAGAACAAUUGGAAAAAUUAAUAAUACUUUGCAGCUCUGGUUAGUGUACUACUUUGGGACUUGACUCGUGUUUUUGGGUCACAAGUGAAAACAUAUUUGCUCUGACGAUUUUCUCCUUUUAUCCUUCCGCUUAUAUAUUUAUAUUUACCGUUAUCAUGUACGUGGGGCACAAAUGUCCUCUUGAGUUAUUAGAAUCGAAGAAUGAAGAGUUCAUUUCAAGAAUUAUUACGAAAAAUAAUUGAUAAUUAUAAUUCAGGUAGAGUUUGAGAACUCAUUUUGCAGCUGUUGAGGUAAAAUCCCACUAAUUUUCACACGAAAUAUCGUAAUUGAAAUAUAUUAGUUUUUUAGGUUAUGUCGACACUGACAUUUUGUAAAUAUGAAGGCUCGUUUACAUGGUGUGGAAAGAACCCUUUGAAUUCACAGUCCUACACAUAUGUUUUUGUUCAUAAAAA